AGAUCUAACUGUAUGGAGCUUGCUUACAUCAGGUGCAGCACGCACAACAACAAUAACGGCUCUCAGCUAGCAUUUCUGUGGUUCUCUCCGUUACAAUGCUACGGCCCUUAUUUGUAUUCGUGGCCGCAACAGGCUCCUCCGUUCUCGGCCUCCGCAAGUUCGACGUCUUCGCGGCUGCCGGGCCCUGCCAAGCCCCGGUCCAGUGGGAAGGCAGGUGGGUGCAGUACGACCACAGCACCGGGAGGAACAGCCGAGCCGCUGUGUCAUACGACAGCCUGAACCAGAGGCUCCGAGUGCUGCAGCAACACAAGAAACACACCCCGUGUCAGAAGUUUUUUGAGUACAUCUUCUUGUACCAGAGCAUGGUGAUGUUCCAGAUUGACCAGAAGACUAAGGAUUGCUCUAAGAUCACUCUUACUGAGGCCUGGGAUCCCUUUGACAUCCCAGAUAACUCCACCUUUGAGGACCAGUACUUCAUUGGAGGCCCUGGGGACAAUGUGGAGGUUCAGGAGUGGUCAGACAGGAAGCCGGCACGCCAACAUGAGACCUGGGUGGGCGUUUACACCCUGAAGGACUGCUACCCGGUUCAGGAAACUUACACCAGGAACAGCAGCGUCACCACCUCCACCCGUUUCUUCAACAUCCAGCUGGGCAUCAGCGACCCAAACGUCUUCACCCCACCCAGCACCUGCCAAUCAGCUCGGCCUGAGCGGAUGUCUGAGUCUGACUGCUGAGGCCUUGCCAGCCUGCACCUUUAAUCUUAGAUACUUAAAGAGAUAAUCUCACUGAUUUUUUCUGUUACAUAAAUGUCUUUUGCCUGAGCUAACACAAACAGCAUUUGUACCUUGCAAAGUUAAAGAUAAAAACUACUGACAAUGACAAUGAGACCAUUCAUGUGCUCCUGUGACAGUGCUUUUCCAAGUUUGUUGUGAAUGCAGGAUUAUACCAGGGCUUUCUGUAGGCUGUCAGCCAAACAGCCACUUAAUCACAGCCGGCUAUGUUUUUCUAUUGUUGAUUCUAAUAAAAUAAUAUUCACUAA